AUGACCUGGAAAAAAGUGAGCACUUGCCCCAAUACUACUGCAGUUACUACUGAAGCCAAGAAUAAGGGAGCGCCAUGGCGGCGGUGCACAAACUGGUUAUCCAAGAAGCAGCUGGAAGAAGAAGAAAAGAAAAUCAUCAGUGAAGAGCACUGGUAUUUGGACUUGCCAGAGCUGAAAGAGAAGGAGAGCGUCAUAAUCGAAGAGCAGAGAUUCUCAUUAUGCGAAGACCUUCUCUACGGAAGAAUGUCGUUCCGAGGAUUUAAUCCUGAGGUUGAGAAACUAAUGCUUCAGAUGAACUCUAAGAGCAAAACUGAAGAAGUUAAAGAUGAAGCCGUGGAAAUUGAUGUGUCCGAUGCAGAAAUGGCUAGAAAGUAUGAAAGCCUGGUGGGGACAAUUGGAAAAAAGUUUGCCAAGAAACGAGAUCGUGCCAAUUUUGAAGAAGAUGAAAAUGGAAACAUGAAAAAGACCAAGACAAAGAAGGUGUUCUUAAAACCCCAAGAUUAA